GAACGCUGUUUUUUGAAGAAAAUCGAGAGAGAGGAAGAACAGGGGAGGAGGAGUAGGGAAAAAGCGAAGAGGAUCGGCACUGUGCUCGCCGGCCGCGCUCGUCCUCCGAUUUCAGGGAUUUACGGGGGAGCGAUUCGAGGGUCGAAGGGGCUUUUACGCGGUCGCAAUUCGUUGAUAUUUUAUUGACCUCCCUCCUCGAAUUGCUCAAUUUGUAGAGAGAGAGAGAUAGAGAGAGAGAGAGAGGGGACGAGGGUCGGGGGAUUCGAGAAGCUUCGGGGAUGGGGUCGUCGGCGGUCGCGGCCAUCGAGAUGACGGCGGCUUCGAAUUGGUGGGACGACGUGAACGCGUCCGCGGUGUGGCAGGAUCGCAUCUUCCACGCCCUCGCCGCCCUCUACGGCGUCGUAGCCGCCGUCGCCGUGGUUCAACUCGUUCGAAUACAAUUGAGAGUUCCCGAGUUUGGUUGGACUACGCAGAAAGUCUUCCAUUUCCUCAAUUUCUUGGUCAAUGGCGUUAGAUGUAUAGUGUUCGUGUUCCGGCGGGACAUUCAGAAGUUAUCUCCUGAGAUUGUCCAGCAUAUAUUGCUUGACAUGCCGAGCCUUGCAUUCUUCACGACGUAUGCACUUUUGGUUCUCUUCUGGGCGGAGAUAUAUUAUCAGGCACGUGCUGUAUCUACUGAUGGACUCCGGCCUAGUUUUUUUACAAUUAAUGGCGUGGUCUAUGCAGUUCAGAUAGCAAUGUGGUUGAUCCUGUGGUGGAAACCUAUUCCAGUUGUAGUUAUCCUUUCGAAGAUGUUUUUUGCAGGUGUUUCUUUGUUCGCCGCUCUUGGUUUUCUACUAUAUGGUGGAAGACUGUUCUUGAUGCUGCAGCGAUUCCCUGUGGAGUCAAAAGGACGUCGUAAGAAACUGCAGGAGGUUGGCUAUGUGACCACCAUAUGUUUCCUGUGCUUUCUAGUCAGAUGCAUCAUGAUGUGUUUUGAUGCGUUUGAUCAAGCAGCGGACCUGGAUGUGUUAGAUCACCCAAUUCUGAAUUUCAUCUAUUACCUUUUGGUGGAGAUUCUGCCUUCUUCUUUGGUUCUAUUCAUACUAAGAAAGCUGCCACCAAAACGUGGGAUCACGCAAUACCACCCUAUUCGCUGAUGGAUGCGGCGACGGAUGAUGCUUUGGCCUUAAAAGCUUAGCCUAUCUUAUAAGAGGAGAUGGAAGGUGAAAUCUUUUUGUGCUCUGGAGUGAAUAAAAAUCCUAGCUGGUUAUGGAGUUGUUCAGUCUCUAAGCGGAUUCAAGGUCUGUGAAGAAAAAGCACGAUUACAGUUUGUGCUGCUUUUGGUGUCAUGGAUCAUAUGAUCGAUUCUCUCGUUCAGUGAUGUGAGAAGUGUCUGUAAUAAUUUGUAGAAGCUAAGAGUAAUAUUUGAAAUAGGGAACAACGACAAGAAAGACAGCAGUAAAGGUUUUCCUUGUAUCUUUAGGAUUAUGUUUUGAGUGCAAUUUAUCUUGGAGUUCAAUUUGUACUGUGUUGUCCUGAAGGACUACAAGCACCAGAUUCUUUUCCCAAAUGUAAUUUAAAGAUGUUGGCGGACUUUCA